AUGGUGGAAAAGGCUGAGGUGAAGCCGGAAUCACUUCUCAAUCUAGAUGAUUUGUUACAAUGUCCAGUCUGCUAUGAAAUACCAUCAGGACAAAUAUUUCAAUGCAAUGAGGGUCAUCAUGUAUGUGGCCGUUGCAAGAUGCGCCUCGAUGUAUGCCCAGUAUGUCGGGCACUCUUUUUUGGCACAAGAAAUUAUGCUAUGGAAGAAUUGAUUGCCAAUUUUAGAAAAUUACGUGCUUUUAAACUUGGUGCUAAAGCUACAAACGGCUCGGGUUCUUCAGAAAGCAGUACACCAGCUAAAGACACAACCACGGGGGAAUGUGAAAAUGAUGUUAAUGAAGAAGAUGAAGAAAAUAAUCUCAAUUUAACUAAUCAAGCUCCACUGAGACCACCUCCGGCAUGCAAAGGGCUCUUCCGUUGUCUUUGUUGCAAAAGUGGACAAGGGGAACGGUUACCAGCCGCCCGCUUAUUGAACCAUCUCCGUUAUUAUCAUGCUCCAGAUCUGCUUGAGGGUCGGACUGAGAAUGGAGAGUAUUUGCAAGCAUGGCAAUUUUCUACAGUACCUGGCAAACUGGUUACUGCCGUUAGAGUAGCUGAUAUGGGCAUAUUCUUUUUGACAAUAGAAAUAAGUAGUGAUUCAGUGUGUGCUUGGUUAGCAAUGGCUUCCUCACCUUGGGUAGCUCACAAUUUUAAUUAUACAGUUACCAUCUGUGGUAACGAUCGUGAAGCUAUAUUUUCCGAUUGUGUCUGGUCCGUAAGGUCUUGCGAAGGGUCGUUGAAGAAGCGAGGUCACUGCCUCAUAGUCCGUGACUUAGACGCGCGUGCUCUCGUCGCUCCUAGUACUAUCAAUGGCAAGCUGAGCAUUCGUCGCACGCCGGCAGAUCAGCUCGCCACUCAGUCACAACCUCGCGCCGUACUUCGUAUAGCAAACAGAGUCAACCAAAACGCGUCGAACAAUCUGGAACCCUUCUUACAAGACCUGCAAAACGACGUGGCCCGCUUAUCCCGCGCUUUCGCAACUCUGGGCAGGGAAGCGAAUGCGUUGGUUCGCGUGGCGGAAAUGGGAGCGAGGAUCGAAGACCUGCCGGCGCCUGCAGCUGAACAGAAUUCCGACGAUCGUGGCUCGGAAUCUUCUGAGGUUGGAUCUCAACCUACUCCAAGCGAGGCCGUGAAUGUCGUGCAGCACAUGUCCCGUAACGCUCGCAGGCGUAUGCGUCAGCGGUUACGAUUAGCUCUGAACGGUCCGAUCCAACCGCUGGCGUCGCCUCCAGCGCGCGUCUCGGGUCAUGUGAACGUGAACAAUGUGAACGGUUACACCAACAACAGCACGUUCCUGACGCCCUCCGACUCUCCUCCGUCCUCCUCGAGCGGCCCGUCGCAGCCCGCCGCCUCUCGCAACAAGAGGAAACGCCGUCAUCGCAGAUAA